UCAGUUCAACUCAAGUGGUUGGUUAUGUUUCCUCAGAUCUGUCUGCGCUUAUCUUCUGCAGCCUUCAAUUUGACAUUUGGAGCAUGUGUGAAUGAGGCGGCGGCGCGCGGAGCUGCCAUCCCUGAAACAUCGGGGGUAGGCGAAGUGACACAGCAAUUCCCACGAUGUAUUUUUAAUUCACUCGUCUCUUCUGUGAAAAUUGUCAAAUACAAGUGAAGUUAUCAUGACAUCGGUUUGGAAGAGACUUCAGCGCGCUGGAAAAAGAGCGUCGAAGUUUCAGUUUGCCGCGUCCUUUCAAGAACUCACCGUAGAGUGCACUAAGAAGUGGCAGCCAGACAAACUGCGAGUGGUCUGGACCAGGCGAAACAGACGCAUCUGCACCAAGCUUCAUGGCUGGCAACCGGGUAUCAAGAACCCAUACAGGGGGACUGUGGUUUGGCAGGUUCCUGAGAGCGUGGACAUCACAGUCACUCUUUUUAAGGAUCCAAAUGCAGAUGAAUUUGAGGACAAAGACUGGACAUUUAUCAUAGAGAAUGAAACAAAGGGCCAACGAAAAAUUUUAGCGUCAGUGGAUGUGAACAUGAAGAAGUAUGCGAGCGCAACCCCGGCUCAGUUUGACCUGGCGCUUACAUUAAAGCCUCUGUCUGUGAAAGUGCUGGAUGCCAAUCUUAAACUCACCCUGUCCUGUGUCUUCCUGAAGGAGGGCAAAGCUACUGAUGAAGACAUGCAAAGUCUUGCGAGUCUGAUGAGUUGGAAGCAGUCUGAUAUUGGAAACCUGGAUGACUUCAAUGACAGUGAUGAAGAGGAGGACAAAAGACUGAGUGCAGCAGUGAAAAUGGCCACAGCAGUAAUAGCUCCUCUUCCUCCUGCUAGGAGAAUACAUGACAAGGCCUGGAGACCUGCUGUAGACACAGGUCCCUCUGACACAGCUCAUUUUGAACCGGAUCGGAUGAGCUGUUCCUUCAUUACACCUAACGUUCCUCUCCAGUACCACCCCCUGUCAGUCACCGCUCUUGACCCUUCUGCCCCGCCCCUCUCCACUUCCUGUGUUCAACCCCUCCGUGCUGCAGGCAGUAUCCCGCAGACACGCCCCUCCCCGUACGCCUUCACUAUACCUGCUUUCACACGCGCUCAUCCACCUGCCCUGCCCAAAAUCUUCCAUCCGCCGACUGGCUCAGUUGCCGUAUCUGUCACUCAAAGGCCAUCUGGAGGUCUUGCUAACUCUGAGUUACUGGAGAGCAGUCGCUCUGCUGAGGGCAGUGCAGUCCCUCUCCCGCGGCCCCUUUCUUUUCUUCCCGGGAUUAGCACACCCUUCUCUCUUUCCUCUUCUUCUGCUCAGUCCUCCUCAUCCCCUCAGCAGACCCCUCUACCUGAUGUAACCCAGACAGCCACUCUAUCUGCUGCUCGUAGCAAGACCUGGAGACCUCACAGCUUCCCCUCUUCACACUCCUCCCCUUCUGUUUUUGACCCAUCCUCCUUUGAAUUUGGCUCCUCCGCUCAUGAUUCAAUGACUCUACCUGCACCACGUCCCUCAAAAAUAUAUCGGGCCUCAUUGGCUGAGCCAGGCUCCGCCCUCACAAAGCCUACGAGCAUGCCCUCUGCCACUGAGACAGCAUCUUGGCAAAAAGAGUGGAGGUCUCCCAAACUGCACCCCACUCUGUGUCCUGCUCCCUUCACCUCUGCAGAACAUAUUAACCAGCAGCGUCAUCCACCCUCAAUUAAUCCCUCUCUGCCUGCACAAACUUCUUCCUUAAUGAAUGCCCCCCUUCCCACAUUGUCUUUAUCCCAUGCGCUUCCUCAACCAAUGGAUAUUUCCACUAUUACUCCCAAUCCUGGUGCAACAUCUCAAAGUGUAGCUCCUUCCUCUAAGAUGCUCAGCACUGAGUUUGUCUCUGCUUCUUGCUCUCAAACCCUGUCAGCUUCUAUCCUCCCUCUUCCUUCAGCAUCAUUGGUUUCUCUCUCUAUUGCUCCUGCUGCUUCAUCUAGUUCUCCAUCCACCCCUUAUCCCUGUGUUUCUACUCAUCUCGCUGUUUCUGAUGCUCCUCUAUGUUCCUCUCCUGAUGUUGGUCCUGUGGUCACAGCAUCUGUUGUCUCUGAGCCAGAGCCUCUCCCAGAGGUCCAGACGUCCGAAUGGAGACAUCAGGUUGUGCCCACAGUGAUUAGACCUAAUGUGCGCAGACCAAUAGCCCCUUCUCCUGUAGAUGCCCUUAAUUCUCCUUUCUAUACCUCUCCUUUCAUUCUUCCCUCACCCUCUUCCAUGAUCCCUGAACCCCACAUUUAUACCCAAACAUCCACUAUAGCCCCUGUUAUUGCCUCCAUUUCAGUCCCUUCCUCUGACUCACUCACAGAGAAACACAGACAGUUAAGUGUAUUAGCAGAGGAGGAAUAUCCCAAUACUGUGUGUACUGCUGAUGAGGAUGCAAACACAAAACCUUCAGAUGUUCCUCAAAACCAUGAACCUCACCCUCGCAGAGCUGGAGUCAUCAGUAUAGCCAACCAAAGACCAAACAUGGAGCUCACUAUGGACAAGAAACGGCCUGUUUUUGGACUUGAAGUUGUACGGCCUGCAAGAAGACCAGAGAGCAUGACCUCUCUGCUGCCCACUGACCAUACGUCACCCAAUGUCACUGAUGUCACACAUUUUGAGCUGCCAAAAUCAGAGCUGUCUGAUACAGAUAGAGUAUCCACUCCUGCAGCCCUCGAAACUGUCCCAAAACCUGCUGAAGCCCCUACAUUCGCCGCCCCUUUAACUCAGAUCCAGAUCAAUCAGUCAGAGAAUUCACACAGCUCUGCUGAGCUGGCCAUUUUACACUCAGCUGCACAUGAGAAGACAGAAAACAAGAUGAUUCCUUGUAAAGACAAGACAGAGCCGUUUCAAAGUAGUUUUCAACCAGCGGAAAUACAAGAGCAAGAAGUCAGCCCAGAAUCUGUGCCGCAGCCACUCUCAAGUCCAGAAAUGUCCCAGGCAGAUCACAUUGAUGAAGGCGCCAAAAGCAUGGCCGCUUUGCUGCCCUCUUGCCCAAAAGUGUCUCAUUCUCAUUGGUCACCAUCCAUAUUGGCUGAUGAUACAGUUGAAAAUCAAAUAGGAGACUUGUUUGUAGAUGGACUACCUAGAAUGAACCAGGAAUUCAGUGUUCUACCCAUCUGCAAUAAAGCAUAUGAAGGAGAAGAGGCUAAUGUCGACAGAUCUCCAUCUUUUCCCGGCAUGAUGUAUCUUCUUCCAGCCUGUCCGGAAACUACUUUUGUUCCUGGGAUGCCAUCUGUAACUUUUCAAGACACUAAGUGGCCUUGGAAUGGGUCUGUGAAGAUACUGAAAGAGUACCUUCAAAAAGAGAAACCAGCAAAACUUAUUCAAGAUAUGGAUUGUUCAUUGUAUGAGCGGAGCACUGUGGAACAUAUGGUAUCAUUACAUUUAACUUGCCCAAGAACUGCCAGCAUCCCUGGAUUCCCAUCUUUGCCUUUCAAUAUGGUCAAUCUUCUACCGUUGUGUCCAGAUUUCUCUGUAGCUCCAGGUUUUCCUUCAAGACAUCCAAUCAUUUGCACAGAUGAAAUCUGGCCUAAAGAGAAUUUAGCAAUUUAUUUGAAGAAAAGUAAGGAACAAAUUUUGCCAAUGUCUUCAAUGAACGUGGAUUUUGAAACCUCAAGAAAUAUGCUUUCAUUGAGGUCAUCUUGUUCAGCAGCACCCAAGAUUUCAGGAUUCCCAUCUGCUCCAAAACCAGUUACACCAAGUAUGGUGAGGAUUUCAUCAUGUUGUCCAAACAUUUCCUGCAUUGCUGGAUUUCCAUCUGCAAAAGAGCUUGCCAGUCAAAAUAUUAUCAAACAAUGGCCAUCCAACAAUGAAACAUCUCUGAUAAUAGCACAAAAGAACCAGUCCAGUUUGCCUCAAGUUGUAAACAUAUUAAAAGAGGAUGAGUUAACAGGUAUGGUGAGCUUAGUACCAUCUUGCCCAAGAAAAACAAGGACUCCUGGUUUUCCAUCUGCACCAAAACGAAAACUAGACAUUAAAUUUUGUAUGACAAAACUCCUACCUUCAUGUCCAACAGCCUCUUGUGUCCUUGGAAUAUCAACUAUACAAAUUAUUGCAAGCACAUCAGAUUCACUUAAGGAGUGGCCAAAGGACAUUAAUCCAUUUUGGGUGAAGACGCUAGCAUCUCAGCCAUGUCGUUUAAUCUGUCCAUAUCGAGCUCAGUAUGAAGUUACAGAAAACACAUCUGUUUUUAACAGUAUGCUGUCAUUGAUACCAUCUUGCCCUAGAAAAGCAAGUACACCUGGAUUUCCUUCUGCACCAUGGCUCAUACCUGAAACACAAAUAAUAUCUAGUACUCUGUCAACAUGCCCACAGACAGCUAAAACUCCAGGCUUCCCCUCUUUAGUCCCAAGCGAAAUUGAUAAGGCUUUGGUAAAUAAUUGGCCUUUAAAGGAGAAAGGCUUUUUUGUGAGAAGGUGUUUGCCAGUGUACACAUCUGAGAGGUUAAACAUUGCUUAUCAGGACAAAGAUAGUUUUAAAGAAAUGUAUGCUAUUUUGCCAAGUUGUCCAGUGAAAGCAAAUGUUCCUGGCUUUCCAUCUGCACCAAAGCCCAGAUUAAUGCUUCAUCUUUUCCCUUCUUGCCCAACAGUCUCAAAUGUACCUGGGAUGCUAUCAAGCAUAAUAUCUAAAGUGGAAUUACAGUGGCCUGAAAAUGAAAGGCCAUUAUGGGUUAAACAAUUAAGCAGAAAGUGUCAAACCAUGCACAUUGUUCCACCUCAGUACAGAAUUAUGAAUAAAGCCAUCACUAGGGAUAUGGUAGCUUUGCGCCCAACUUGUGCAACCAGUGCUAAAUUACCCGGCUUCCCAUCUGCCCCAAGACUAAAAACUGAGAAGAAGGCACCAGAUAUGGUUUCCCUCAUGCCAUCUUGUCCACGUUUGACAAAAGUAUUAGGUAUGCCAUUUGUUGAUUUAGGAAAUGAAGCAAUGGAUUCAAGUGCAUGGCCACUGGAUGCAAAGCAACUGUACAGGAGAACCACAAAGGAUGAGUCUGAUAUGGUAUGUUCUUCCUUAACAAACUUGAAUCAAACAAAUGACAAUAACCUGAAUUUUCACAUAAAAGACAUGGUUAUGAUGAUGCCAUCCUGUGCAAAGCAGUCCAAUGUUCCUGGGUUUCCAUCCAAGUAUUCAGAAUCUCCACAUAUUCUUUAUCAGACAAAUAAUAGUCGAGCGUCAACAGAAGAUGUUGGCCAUAAACAAGAAACUUCAACUGUGCUUGCUUCAGCAGACAUCGAAAUAGACCUGUUGAGUGCAAACAAGUCUGACAGUAGUUUUGCAUUAGAGAAGACCAAUGAGAAUGUGAACUUUUGGGCAAGUUGUGAGGAAGGACAAAAGGGAAUUCUGGAGAGGGGGAAAAUGCAUUUCAGAAUGUGGCACUCCAUACCAGACAUGCCACUAUUACUGACUGUUGAGGAGAGCUGUCAAAGCAUAAGUGCUCAGAUUCCACCUUCUGAAAAUUACGGAGACACUGCAAACGUGGAUGUGGAUGAAGGUAUAUUAUGGGCAUCACAAGACAGAACAGAACAGUUUGUUGAUGCUUUUAAGAAAGAAGAAGAGACUACAGAAGAUCACAGUAGUCUGGUCCCUUCUACAACAAAAGACUGGCCUACAGGACUGCAACAAGAAUGUGUACCAAACAUGGUAGAUCUUCUUCCAUCAUGUCCACUGUUCUCAAGAGUAUUUGGAUGUCCAUCUACAGCGCUUUCAAGCAUAUGCAAAACAGACAUAAUCAACUGGCCUACUGAUUUAGGUAUAAUUUGGGAUGAGCCAUGUAAAUCAACUAAAAAUAUUUUGUUAAUGCCAUACUUGGACAAAUCCCCCUAUGAGGCAAAUAUGGUGUCCCUGGCAUGCACGUGUCCAAAUGAAGCAAGAAUUCCUGGCUUUCCAUCUGCUAAAAGACUCACAGAGACCCCAUGUCCAUCUUGCCCAGAAACAUCCAUUGUUGUUGACACAUCUUCACAAACCCCAUUUGCAGAGGAAACGCAUCAUGAGGAGUGGCUGUGCAUUGAACCAUCAUUAUUGGAAGAAUUUCCUGAGUCAAAGCCAGUUUUAGACAACGAUAACCCAGUUGAGUGUUCAGAGAUGCCUGUAAUGAUGAUGCCAUCUUCAACACUUAAUCCUGAUUUCCCAUCUGCACCAAACAGUGAAGAAAUAAUUACUCAAUCAUGUGAAGAAUUACAUCUUCAAGAGUCUACAAUUGCUGAGUCUAAACUGAGGGACUACUUCAAGCCUGCAGAUGAGAUAUUAAACAUAUCUGAAAACACUGCACAAAUUCCAGAUUCUAUCCCUGAAACCCAAAUCGAGCCAAAUAUGUUGGAGUUUCUUCCAUCCUGCCCGGUGCUUUCUAGAAUCCCUGGAUGUCCAUCUCUAAGAGUCCUUGAAGGCAAGGAGUGCAUUAUUGAUCAAUCAAUAAUCUUAUGCAAUUUAUUCAAGGAUAGACAGACUGAUAUUUUUGACCCCAGUAAAGAUAAAAAUGACUCACAGAUUAUAGCUCUGGCACCAACGUGCCCACAAGCAUCAUGUAUUCCUGGCUUUCCAUCUAGACCACAUCCUAAGUCACAGAUGGAGCCGAACAUGCAAAACAUUUGUCCCUCUUGCCCAAAGGUUUCACAUAUAGCUGGUUGUCCCAGCAUCCAGAUCCCGAAGACGUCCAAUUGGCCUAUGAGUACAGUCAUUUUGUGGUCAAGUCAAUUAAAGAAACCCCCUGUUGUUUUGGACAUGGACAAGAUGUGCAAAGAAAACAGUCAUAGAAUGUUUGCUCUGGCACCUACAUGUCCAUCAGUGGUCUGUGUUCCUGGUUUUCCAUCUGUGCCCGAACCAAUCAUGCUAUGCAUGCUUCCAGCUUGCCCGGAGAAAUCUAAUGUUAUUGGAUUUUCUUCUAAAAGAGAGCAUUUAGAUUGGUCCGUUGACAAGGAAACAUUUUGCUGUGUAUCUUUUAAAAAGCAACCUGUUGUUGUUACUGACAGAGUAGAUUCACUCAAUGAAUUAACUGAAAUAAUGUUUGCAUUGGCUCCAACCUGUCCAUCAAAGGCAAGAAUACCAGGAUUCCCAUAUGCACCUAAGCGCAAAGUUACACUUCCUCCUAAUAUGAUUGGUCUUAAUCAGUGUGUUCCGAAGACUUCAAGAAUUAUGGGAUUCUCAUCAAGCGAGAGUAUAAACACAGGAGUUUGGUUUGCAGAUGAAAUGCCACUGUUGGAGAGGCCAUUGAGAACAAGAUCAGAACUGCUUAUCCAGUUUAAUUUAGCAAAUCCAUAUGAAGAAAUAGACAAAUAUAUUUUUCAGAGGAUGUUUACACUUGUGCCCACCUGCCCCAGAGAAGCACGCACACCUGGUUUCCCCUCUUUACCUCAGGUUAAAGUAGAGGGCUUCUAUCUCAGUAAAGAACCAGACACAGUCAGCCUUUUGCAUUCUUGCCCAGUGGUUUCUUUUAACAUAGGUGUUCCUACAGUAAAAUCUAUGCCCAUAGAAGAGUCUCAAGAAAGGAUAUGGUCUGCUCAGAAGCCCAUAUGGGUCAAACCUCUUAAAGAAAGACCAGUUUUUUCUUUAAAUUUUACAAAGGAUUAUGAAGAAUAUUCAAAAACUAUGUUCUUACUUACUCCUACCUGCCCUAAUAAGGCUCGCAAUUAUGGGUUUCCAUGCUCGGAAAGGCUAAAAAAAGAAGAGUGUAUGAUGACAGAUGUCUUGCCUUCUUCAGAGGCUCCAUUCUCUGCAACCGAUGAAAUAGAAUUCAAUAACCUGGUCACUGAAGUACCAUGUUCCCCAGUUGAAGCAAAUCUUCCUGAUUUCCCACAUGCUUCCACAUGUGCAAUUUUUCCAUCAAGUCCAACCCAAGAACACAUUGAAUUUGAAGUCAAAUUUACCCAAUACAUAGAAUCAGAAAGGAAUCAAACACUGGACAUAACAGGAACUGAUAAUCCUAAAGAAAUAGGAAGUUUUCAUGAGAUUCCCUUGGUUGAAGGUAUUGAAAACCAUCAGGAGAAGUUUGUUCUAGAAGAGCAACAUGUCGGGGAGCAAUCUACUAGUAAAUCCCAUGAUACCGCAGAGCCAGGAGAGACUGCUGUAAUGUUAGGAUGGGAGGUUUUGGAGGCAGAUGAUACUUCCACAGAAAAAGAAGAACCUUCUGGUCUUGUUAAGAGUAUAGUUGAUGUCUUUCACAGAGGUUAUGAGACAGUUGCAGCAAUAUUGCAGCCCUCUACCUCUGGAUCGGUCACGGAUACUUUAGAUCCUCUCGGCAGCCUUUCAUCUUCUGUGGAUGCCGAGGGCAGCGGGACUCGCAUGACCAGUGGAUGUGAUUAUUCAUUGGAGGGGCCUGUGCAGGCAGCAGAGCCUGAGGUGUUUGAUUCUGCUGAACCCUACAUGUGGCGUUUGGUUAGUGGUUGUUCGGAAACAUCACUGUCAUCAAAAGAGGCUGAAAGCUGGUUUGUUGAAGAUGAAGAAUUUUGCCUAAUGAGGAAAUGGCCCCCCUUGACGGAGGCUGACCUUCAUGAGAUAACUAAAGAAGAGGACAACACACGUGUUGACCCCUUAAUGCAAGAGGGUACAACUUCUGUUCAAGAAGAAGCUGGUAAUGAUGAGAUUAUGACAGAAAGUAUGUUUGAGACACUGAAAGAUGAGGUGUCAACCACACUAUUUCAAGAGGAGGGGCCACAUCGUAUUGUGCAUGAAGUCUCUCUUUUCAUCCAAAGGAAUAAGGACGAAUUGCUGGGUGAAGAAAAAACACCUAUGUCUUUCCCAUCUUUAAAAAAUCCUAAUAGCCCAAAGGCUAUUGAAGAACAGACUGCUGUUUCAGCUUCAAAAGAACCUUUGCCACCAAGAAGGACCAAGAGGCAAGAUAUUCUUCAAGAGACUGUUCUGUUAUCAACACCAGUUUCCAAUCCAGCUGAGCCAAAUGCUCAGAGCGAUAACACCUGUGUCAUAAAACAAACUGAACAUUAUUCUCAAAGUACUUCACACAAUGUACAGGCAGGUACAGCACUCACCACCAUCCAAAGUUCUUCAGCUAUGGCAGAUGAAGGUACAUUUCUAGAAACGGAUGUACCUGUCCCAUUGUCACGGACCAAAAAACAGCAAAGUGCUUCUUUACCUGAUGAUACCUCAGUGAUAGAAGCAGCAGAAAAUGAGGUAAAGUUAUCCAAAAUUGAGAUUUGUUCAACAGCACCCAAAGAGAAGCCCACACCCCAAGAAAUUAUAGCAUCAUGUCAUGGCACCAAUGGAGAAGAUGUUUCCCUAUUGCCUUCAAAAGUCACACAAUUAUGUGCUCCUCAGAGGCGGAAGAGUAAAGCUCAAACCAGCAAUGUUGAUGAAGCCAGUGAAGAGUUUGAAAUAAAGAGCACAUUGUCUUCUGUCAUCAACAAUAUGUCUCAGUCUGAAGAGAAAAGAAAGACCCAAGCUGGUGAUGAAUUGAACAUGAAAGAUCAGGCACAGCUGGAUUUGAAUGUUCCUGAGAUGUCUGAAGUGCAAAUGCGAAUCAAAAGCAUUGAUCUUCCAGUCCCAAUGCCACGUGUGAAGAAACGACUCAGUGGUUCUUUUCCAGAUGAUCUUCCCUUCCCUGCAUCCACACCUCUUUCUGAAGCAGAUUCAGAUAACAUUGCUCUUCAAAAAGAAGAGCAUCAGGAUUCCAGUCUGCCAGUGGCUAUGCCACGUUCAAAGAAACGUCUCAGUGGUUCAUUUCCAGAUGAUCUUCCAGCCACUUCAUCCACCCUUGCGUCUCAAGCAGAUGCAGACAACAUUGUUCUCCAAACAAAAGACAAUCAAGAUUCAAGUCUGCCAGUCCCAGUGCUACGUGUGAAAAAACGUCUCAGUGGUUCAUUUCCAGAUGAUCUUCCAGACCCUUCAUCCUCCCUUGUGUCUCAAGCUGAUUCAGACAACAUUGUUCUCCAACCAGAACACUGUGAAGAUUCAAUUCUGCCAGUCCCAGUGCCACGUGUGAAGAAACGUCUCAGUGGUUCAUUUCCAGAUGAUCUUCCAGCCCCUUCAUCCACCCUUGCGUCUCAAGCAAAUGCAGACAACAUUGUUCUCCAAACAAAAGACAAUCAAGAUUCAAGUCUGCCAGUCCCAGUGCCACGUGUGAAGAAACGUCUCAGUGGUUCAUUUCCAGAUGAUCUUCCAGACCCUUCAUCCUCCCUUGUGUCUCAAGCAGAUUCAGACAACGUUGUUCUCCAACCAGAAGAUCGUGAAGAUUCAAUUCUGCCAAUCCCAGUGCCACGUGUGAAGAAACGUCUCAGUGGUUCAUUUCCAGAUGAUCUUCCAGCCCCUUCAUCCACCCUUGUGUCUCAAGCAGAUGCAGACAACAUUGUUCUCCAAACAAAAGACAAUCAAGAUUCAAGUCUGCCAGUCCCAGUGCCAUGUGUGAAGAAACGUCUCAGUGGUUCAUUUCCAGAUGAUCUUCCAGCCCCUUCAUCCACCCUUGCAUCUCAAGCAGAUUCAGACAACAUUGUUCUCCAACCAGAACACUGUGAAGAUUCAAGUCUGCCAGUCCCAGUGCCACGUGUGAAAAAACGUCUCAGUGGUUCAUUUCCAGAUGAUCUUCCAGACCCUUCAUCCUCCCUUGUGUCUCAAGCUGAUUCAGACAACAUUGUUCUCCAACCAGAACACUGUGAAGAUUCAAUUCUGCCAGUCCCAGUGCCACGUGUGAAGAAACGUCUCAGUGGUUCAUUUCCAGAUGAUCUUCCAGCCCCUUCAUCCACCCUUGCGUCUCAAGCAGAUGCAGACAACAUUGUUCUCCAAACAAAAGACAAUCAAGAUUCAAGUCUGCCAGUCCCAGUGCCACGUGUGAAGAAACGUCUCAGUGGUUCAUUUUCAGAUGAUCUUCCAGCCCCUUCAUCCACCCUUGCAUCUCAAGCAGAUUCAGACAACAUUGUUCUCCAACCAGAAGACCGUGAAUAUUCAAGUCUGCCAGUCCCAGUGCCACGUGUGAAGAAAUGUCUCAAUGGUUCAUUUCCAGAUGAUCUCACUGAUCCCUUGACUUGUCCACCACCUCCUGUAGAUUCACUUGAUGUAGAAGUCCUUCCUCUCUCAGAAAAUAAACAAUGUUCCGAUGAAGUGCCCACACAGACAAGGGCAGAAUCAGGGAUGGAGAGCCUUGAGGUUUCCACCACCACAAUUGCAAAGGAACUAGAGCUAAACAGAAAGGAGUCUGUUUUAAACCUCAUUGGGCAGAUAGUUCCUGAUGUGGCAGUUAACAGUGAAACACACAAGACUGGUGCUCCACUUGGUGAACAUUGUGAGGACAUUGGGGAGAAGUCUCAUGUGAAAGAGCUACAAAUUGAAAAAGAUCAAAGUGUUGAGGAAGAAAAGGAUGCUAUACAUUCUGGAGAUGAUGAGGUUGAUUUGAGCAUGGACACUGUAGAUGACACAGGUGUUGUCUUAGAUGUGUCCAGAAAAGAAGCAGCUGAAGAUUCCUCGAGUUUUCCUGUUCCAAUGCCUCGUGUGAAGAAACGUUUAAGUGCCUCUUUCCCAGAAGACGUCUCCAUUUCCAGUUCCUCAUCAGCCAAUCAGCUGGAGGCUUCAGAAAAGGCCAAUAUUGAGCCCACAGUGCCUGUUCGUAAUAAACGAAGAGCUGCAGCAGAUGUCAUGGAUGUUCAGGGAAGUUCCACAGCUCACUCAACGCCAACCAAUGAAAUAGAGAUUAUGACCUUGGUGAAUUCAAGUCAGUCUCUGUUGGAAUGGUGCCAAAAGGUCACACAAGGUUACAAGGGUGUGCGAAUCACAAACUUCAGCACUUCGUGGAGAAACGGCCUUGCUUUCUGUGCCAUCCUGCAUCACUUCCACCCAGAUAAAGUGAAUUAUGAAAUGCUGGAUCCGUAUGACAUUAAACGCAACAACAAGAAGGCAUUUGAUGGCUUUGCUGAACUGGGCAUCUCCAGGCUGAUAGAGCCCUCUGACAUGGUGCUGCUGGCAGUGCCCGACAGGCUCAUCGUGAUGACGUAUCUUAACCAGAUCCGCACCUGUUUCAUGGGCCAGGAGCUCAGUGUCAUUCAGAUCGAGAAGAACAGCAGUGAGUCCAGUUAUGCUGUUGGUGAAAAGAGGGAGGAAGCUGAUCCUGAAGCCGCUGCUCGCUACUGUGCCGAAAGGCUUCAGAGCAGCGGAAUCACUUUAGAGACCAAUGGAAGCUUCCCUGAAAGGGAAGGAAAGGUUGGUGCUUUGGUGCCACCUCCAAGAAUGAAGCGAACACAGGGCCAGAGCCAGGCUGGAGAUUCAGGAGCUGCUCAGCCUCCGGUGGCACCACCUAGAACUCACUCCUCAAAGGCUUUUUCUCAUGUCAAGGAUGCCGAUCUUGUAAGAAAGCGCAGAUCAAAGCUGCAGGGGAAGUCACUGGAUGAGCAUGAACCACACGAACAGCAGAGCGGUACAGAGACUGCAUCAGUCCAAGCAGAAACCGAGGCAGUGAGAGGAGGUUCAGAGUCACAAAUUGUUGAAGCGGCAACUGCAGGAGACAACCAGGAUAUCAGUCAGUAUGUGCUCAGUGAAAUACAGGCGCUGGAGGCUGAACAGAAGCAGAUAGAUCGCAGAGCAGACACUGUGGAGAGGAAACUCAGAAGACUUAUGGAAUCUGGUGAUGAUCGUCUAGAAGAAGAGACACUGAUUCAGGAGUGGUUUACCCUGGUCAACAAGAAGAAUGCUUUGAUCAGAAGACAAGACCAUCUACAGUUACUACAAGAAGAGCAAGAUUUGGAGAGGAGGUUUGAGCUGCUGAAGAAAGAACUGCAAGAUCUAAUGGCUGUGGAAGAAUGGAAGAAAACCCAGGCUCAUAAAACCAGAGAGCAGCUGUUGUUGCAGGAGCUGGUUUCUUUAGUCAACCAGAGGGACGAGCUUGUGCAUGACAUUGAUGCCAAAGAGAGAGGGGCUCUUGAAGAGGAUGAGAGAUUGGAGAGAGGUCUAGAAAUGAGGCGCAGGAAGUAUGGAAGUCGGAAGGAGAAGUGUGUGUUACAGUGAGGGAUGAUUUUUACCUGCUUUUAUACAGGACCAUCUCUUUAAACACUGUGCUGAUGGACUAUUGAGGUGUGUGUGGACCAGAUUACAAUAAAUGACAAGGAGACUGUGACUAGAUGAAUCUUCAGUCCUCAUGUUGAAAAGUUCGAGCAGCAUGAAUGCUCAUUUCGGGUGAAUUAAGAGUUGUUAACUUUUAGAGACAUUUUAGUCUCCGAAUAUUUAGUUUGAAAAAUUUAAAUAGACAGUUGGUCAAAAGUGUCCUGUUAAGACUUCUUGUUUUAUGUUUUCAGUAAAAAUAAUAUACAUGUGGCCUUUGCAGUGUUAUUUACUUCAUUGUUUAACUUGUGUGUACAAGUCAGUUGCUGCACAGUGAUUUUAAGAUAUCUCAUAUCAAAGCUAGGUAGAAUAUAAGUUUGCAGAGUUUGAAAGAAGGAUUAGGCAAUUUUAAAAGACACUGCUCUGUUACAUGGAGAUAUUGUUCUGUUCUGUUAUGCAAUUCAAAUGUUUCACUAACCUAAAUAAAUACAUGCCAACAACACAGACAACAUUUUGCACAAAAUUUCUCCAUAUUUUAUGACCCCUCUCCAAAUACUGUUAAAGGGGUUGUCUAUUCUAUUUUAAGAACCCUACUUUAAUAUCACAUGACUUAUAAAAUGCAUAGAAUUGGUCAAAGAGAGUGCGCACAUGCACUUUGUGUGUUAGCAUUUUGUUUUAAAAUAUCUGAAUUAAAAAAAAUAUUUUUGGGGAUUAUAAUUAGGCCUAUAUAACAUAAUCUUUCAUCCAUGAAUGGUACAGAAUGCAGAAGCAGAUACUCUCAGCAGUGAAUAAGCAUAAUUUCUCCCUUAAAGUGUGUGUGUGUGUGUGUGUGAUGGUUAUUUUUGAGUGACUGGUUGUUUUAGAGAUUGUCAGCUCUUUGCAUUGAUAUCUGUUUACACUUUGUUUGAAAUGUUAUUAUUUGAUGUUAUUUGUAUUGGGUUGCACAGUGAACUGCUUUUGAAACAUCCUGAUGUCAGCUAACACACUACAGUUGACAUGUCUUUGGGAAAUAAAAUUGUUUUAAGAUUCUGCA